GUUGCACGUUCAGCAAAAUUCAGCUGACUUUGUGGUUCUGCGUCAUUUCUGCGAAUUUUAAGUUUACUAUCUUGAUAUGGCUAGCGCUCACCGCACUUAUAAAGAAGAAUGCUCUUUUAUUGAGCGCCAAGAUGAGAAUUCAUUCCUGAUAAAGAAAGGCUUUGUUCCAAAUAUGAAGGUAACUUUAACCUAAGUUGAGAGGCGAGGUUCUUGGUUCUAAACCGAAAAAAGAUUUCGUUCCAUUUAAUGGAAAUUUACCCACAGCACGCUGUUCAAAAUUUGUAAGGCACACUAUCACCUUUGUACUUUUAAUUAAAAAGAAACUGUUGGUAAACUUUAUUAAUUUAUGCUUAGCUCUUUUUAAUUGUUUAUGUUUAUUUUACCCCUCCCCUUCCCCCCCCUCCCAUACUCUGAAUAAAAUUAACUUCAACUGCAGGGAUGACCAUAUGACAGAGAUUAAGUUACACUCCCCCUUCAUCUGAACAUAUUUAUUAUCUUCAGUUGAAUGGUGAGAGCAACUUUAUUAACUCUCAUGAUUGCUGUGAUAAUAAACUUAUACAAAUGCUGAAGUAUUUGCAAAUUAUGUGUUUCAGUAAAUUUUAUGUUUUGUUUAAAGGUUGAGGGAGUCUUUUAUAUUAAUGAUUUACUUGAAAAGCUGAUGUUUGAUGAACUGAAGCAUUUUGCGGGAACCCAAGGUAAUGCAAGUCACGCAUUUUAAUUUUAUAAAUGCUUGAAAUAUUGCUGAUAAUCCAGAAAAGUGUUAAUUAAUACAAUUUUUUUGGAUAGAUUUGUGGUUCUUUUUCCUCUAUUCUGGAAUCAGAAUAGUCAGGAUUCAUGAUUUCUCUAUUUUUUUAAAUUUCAUUUUCAAGGCAUUGGAGGGUUUCUUCCUGGUGUCAAGCAGAUUGCAAAUGUGGCAGCUUUACCUGGAAUUGUUGGUGUAAGGCAACAUUGUAUAUGUUGUGGUUCAAUUUUAUCCUGGGUUCAAAUUUUGUGUUCUUUUGUUUUUUGGGGAUGGAAAUGUAAUCUGACAAUAAUAUGACAAUGAACCAAGGAUAAAAUUGAACCACAACAUAUAUAUUUCUUAUUUUUCCAAUAACUGGCCCUAUGUACAAGUCUCUAUAUAUUUUAAAAAUAAUAUUCAAUAAUAAUAUUGUGUUAUUUGAAUGAUUUUCAUGCAGAAAUCAGUUGGCUUGCCAGAUGUACAUUCAGGUUAUGGAUUUGCUAUUGGUGAGCUCUAACUGUUUAAUAAUCUAGUUGUAAGGUCAUUCAUGCCUAACAAAAGGAGCCAGGAUUAUGUUUCUCUCAUAAAUGCCAAGGAAGAAUCUUUUUAUUCUGUUUUUAAUGUCAAACCACUGUGAUAAUAAUGAAUGGAAGGUCACUCCAAAAUUUAUUUUAGUAUUAUUAUUAAUUCCAUGGUUUAUCCUGACCCUCAAAUGUUUUAUCCCCACUGGGUAGUCUUCUAAUUGUGUUUGAAGUUCUCAUCAUCUCUAAUGUAUCGUGGUUUUACAUUUAGGUAACAUGGCAGCUUUUGACAUGUCCCUUCCAGAAGCAGUUGUUUCUCCAGGUAAGGGGUAUUGACUUUUACUGUUAGGAGAAAAUCUUGAUGACCAGCAAUUAAGUGGUAGCUUUUUUAUUCUUCAGGUGGUGUUGGUUUUGAUAUCAAUUGCGGUGUAAGACUGUUAAGGACAAAUCUUGAUGAAAAGGACGUUCGUCCUGUUAAAGAACAGAUAGCUCAGGUUAGAGAAUUACCCAAAACAAUUGGGUCAAUCAACACCUGAUAUGUUCAUUACAAACUUGAUGUCUUCCACAGUGGGCUUGCAGGCUCCUAACUAGACUUUGAGAACUGACAGGGCAAUUAACUGUCCACUGUUUUGAAUUCUUUACAUUUUGAGCACUAUAUUCGCCCCUUUUAAAACCAGAAGGAAACUAAGCUUAGUUAGCUUUUGCAAAGACCUCUGCGCUAUUAGUUACUAGCCAAUUUGUUUCCCCAUCCCCAGUAACAUUCCCAAAAGUCUUGCAAAAGUAAACUUGACUGUGUUUCCUUCUCGUUUCUGAAGUGGCGAGUUUAAAGACUGUUAUUUUGUUCUCUCUUUUUUGCAGUCUCUGUUUGAUCACAUUCCUGUGGGUGUUGGCUCUAAAGGUGUAAUUCCCAUGGGAGCAAAGUAAGAUGGGUUUUUCUUUUGAAUUCUGUCUAGUGAAGCCCAUACUUUCCACCCUUGCACACUGCUACACAUUAUAUUGUCAGUAUGUCUAACAUAACUACACCCUUGCUGUCCUGAUACUGUUCACCAGUACAGGACAUCUGACAUUUGACAAGUCCAGAUUUUGUCAUUUUCAACAAACCUCUGGUUGAAAGGUUAGGUGAAAUGCUAGUUAUGUUAUUAGGCUAUGAGAUGAAAGUUGCCAUAUUUGACUCUUUGGAGGUAGUUAUAUCAGUUUCGAAACAGUUAUAAUACUUUUUCAGGACUGUCACUAAGAUUUCAAGUUGCCAGAUUAAUUCAACAAGUAGGCAGUAGAUUAAACAAUUAUAGGGAUUUCUUUUGAUUUUAUUUUUCUACUAUUCUCUUAUGAAAGUAGCUGGGGGUCACAUUCCUCAUAGACGGAAAUCCCCAGCCCCCAGCCCUUACUGGCAGCUCUGCUUUUUAAAGUAAUUGUCUGUUCUGACAGAAAUGUUACAGGUCAAAUUUGAUUUCAGGUUAAAUUUUAUUUUACCUCUUAGGGCUAGGAGACAAGGGAAAUUGAGAAUCAACCUGUGUUAAUUCAGAAUUAACGUGAAAUCAAAUUUAGCCUGUAACACAUAUAUUUAGGAGGUCCUGACCCCCCCAACCUUCCCCUUGGGUCUGCCACAGUGAAUGCAAUUAAACUGUUUACUUUGUCCAACACUUGAGGCUUUUCUCUAUUCACACUGUGUCUCACAGUCCUCACACUUGUCACCCUAGGUCUGCUGUAGAAUACAUACAGUGGCUCUGUGAAUUAGAGUUUUUGAUUUGAUGUAUCGAUAACCAAUUAAAGGUUUUAUGAAUAAGGUCAAUAUUUGGCAUUCUUUAACAUUUAUUUGUUAUUAUUAUUCAGAGAUUUAGAGGAAGCUCUCACCAUGGGAGUGGACUGGUCUUUAAGAGAAGGUAAGAUUUAUUUACGUCACCUCCUAACCUUUCAUUAUUAACAUUGGCCAAAAUAAAAAAAGUUUUGCAGUUAAAAUCACAAGAUUUUAAUAGUGCCGAGCAAAAGUUCUAAACACGCAAUAGGCAGUUGACAGUGUGUGAGUUGACAUGGCGGCAAAUCAACUGCAUGGUUUCCCUAUAAACUUAUUUAAAGCAUUAAAGAAAAUUGAAGUUAUCUUUGGAUGAGUUUUUGAAUUCCUGGCAUAAUUGUAGUUAUAAAUCACAUUGUUUUGUCGCAGGGUAUGCAUGGGCUGAAGACAAGGAACACUGUGAAGAAUAUGGCCGCAUGUUGCAGGCCGACCCAGCUAAAGUUAGUGCGAGAGCAAAGAAAAGAGGCUUACCACAGGUACACUGUAACACUUAACCCUUUAAGCCCCAAUAUCCACAAAGAAAUUCUCCAAACUGAUCUCUAUAAAGUUCCUUACAGAAUUAGUUGGGAGAAAUUGAUAAAAGAUCUGAGAUUUUUCUCUCUGUGAUCAUUUUAUUAAUUCUCAUACAUGUUACACUUGACAAUCCAUGGAUAUUGUUAGGAGAAAAUUGAUGUUGGUCACUAUUGGGACUUAAAGGGUUAAAGCAGCUGUUUCUUUCUCAAGCUGUCAACAGUCCUCUAGAGAAAUAAACCUUGGUCGAGUUGUUCAAAAGGUGGAUAAUACUAUCCACUGGAUAACUCUCUGUCCAGUGGUUAAUAACACAAUUAGUUUCCCUAUUACUUAUCCCAGUGGAUAGUGAUUUAUCUGGUGGAUAGAGCUAUCCAACAUUUGAACAACCGGGCCCUGGAGAAUUUCUCUGAUUUGUGCCAUAUCAUAGAAAUUUCUGAGAGAGUUAUAAUUAGCUUAUAUGACAUCACUGAUCCACAGUUGGGAUUUUGUGGAAGUUGACAGUGCAAUUGUAUUGGAAAGAGGAAGGAAAGUUGUAAUUGUGAAAAGUUAGCUUUUGUGUCAUGAUUGAAUGUUAGCAUUUUUACUGUGUGACUACUAAACCAAGCCCACCCUACUAACACAAAUUUUAUGACUUCUAAUUUAACUUAAAUAUGUUUUUCCUGUUAAGCUUGGUACAUUAGGAGCUGGAAAUCAUUAUGCCGAGAUCCAAGUUGUAGAUGAGAUAUACAAUAUGCACACUGCGAAGAAAAUGGGAGUGGAUCGUCCUGGUCAGGUAACCAAGGAGGUUCAAGUUGCGCAUUGAUGCAUAUUAGGUAGUCUGUCUUAUCCAUCUGCCAAUAUUGAAAGCCAAGAGCUCUGACCCAUGGUAGUGACCAUAUUAUGUGACAGUAGAUAAAGAUCAUCUUGAUGAGAUAACAGGGCUGAAAUCUUGGACAAAACCAAGGUGGCCAAAAUUAUGGUUUUGCAUCCAGACAGACCACCACCCCAAUUCAGUUGACUCUCCCCCCCCCCUUCUCUUAACGAUCCUUGUGCACAUCCACUUAGGGUAUUCCAAGCAAAGGCUCUUUUGAGAACCAACAUUGUGUCGGGGGUAAAUUGAUCUUAGGUAAACAUAAUGGGGAGAGUAUUUUUAAUUUUGAAUUGAACGGAGUGUGUUUUCUCAAGUAGUUUUGUCAACGAUUGUAGGUCACGAUAUUUCGGCAUUUUCAGCAACUGUUAAAUUUUGUGAUAAAAUACAAAGGUGCAAUCUUCAGUAACAAGAGCAUGUCACGAGCUCUAAAAAAACGUUUUUCCCCAGACAGGAAUCGAGCCAUAUUGGUUUGGCUCUAUGGCUACUAAUUUAGCUCCGACUAAUAAUCUUUUUUAACAAUUCAGGUUUGUAUUAUGAUCCAUAGUGGAAGCAGAGGACUCGGCCAUCAAGUAGCUACUGGUGAGUUAUAGCAAUUUUGAUUUUAAUAGAAAUUUUGAAUAGAAUUCUCCGAUUAUAAAAAGGCUUUUUCGUUGUCAUUUCUUCUUUUCUGCCUGUAAUUUUGCAGAUGCUCUGGUUGCUAUGGAGAAAGCAAUGAAAAGAGAUAAAAUUGAAGUUAAUGACAGACAGGUUUGCUGGCGUUUGUUGGUUUUUUCUUUCGGGUUAAGAAGUGCUAGCUAUUCGAAAUAAAUUAAAAAGGUUGUUCCAUUCAUAUUCUAAACUUUCCUUCGUUUCCCAGCACUUUGUGGUCACUGUAGCACCAUUUCGUUUGUCAUUUUCCCGGCACUACGUUUAUUACUUUUCCCCUACAUUACCUUUGUCAUUUUCCCACCAUUGCAUUCUCAUUUCCCGCCCUUCCGUUUGUCAUUUUUCUGCCAUUGUGUUCAUCUUUUUCCCGCCAUUUUGUUUGCCAUUUUCCUGCCAUUGCACUUGUCCCUUUCCCGCCAUUAUGUCUGUCAUUUUCCCGCCACUGCGUUCUUUACUUUCCUGCCACCUAAUUACGUUUUUCAUUUUCCCGCCAUUGCGUUCGUCAGUCGUCACUCUCCCGCUGUUCCCGCCAUUACAUUUGUCAUCUCGUUCGUCACCUUCCCGCCUGUACGUUGAUCAUUUUUUCACUUGGUUGCCAUUACGUUCUUCACUUCUCGCCUAAGGGUUUGUCCUGAGUUGAAAGCGCCUUUUGAAUUCGGAAUCUUUAGCACAGAUUUAAUGUAAAAGCGGCCAAAUAUUUCUAACACAACCCUUCUAAUCUGGGUGGUGGCUAAAGGCUAUUAUGUCACAUUUAUACAGCUUGCCUGUGCAAGAAUAAAUUCCGCAGAGGGACAGGACUACCUAAAAGGUAUGGCAGCCGCAGCUAAUUAUGCUUGGGUCAACCGAUCCACAAUGACGUUCCUAACAAGACAAGCGUUUGGCAAAGUUUUUAAAAGUACACCAGAUGACCUGGAUAUGCACCUGAUCUAUGACGUGUCACACAACAUCGCGAAGAUAGAGGAGCAUGUAUCCUUCAUGUACUUAUUAAUUUAAACAUACCGUUUGUUUACCUAAGGUAAAUAUGUAUAUUUUUUUGGUUUACAGCUGUCUUUGAUUGUAUCCUCACCGCACUCGUCACGUAUAAAGUUUACUCGAGGGCACGUGACUGCUGAGGUAGUUCUAACUUUUGCAAAUGUGGUUGAAAUAUAAUAUUUAGUGUGUAGUUCAAACUUUUGAGUCUGUGGAUGAAAUCAUAAUGUGUGACUAUUCAAACCAAAGCUCUGUGGCAGUACUUUCACAUGGUACUAUUUGUUUAGUUUGUAGUUUAAACUUUCGCUGUGGCUAUAUGGCCGGUAACCGGUCAAGGUUUCCAGCCACAGCGUUAAACUUUGGAGUUUUUGGAUGAAAUCCUAACGUGUGACCAUUCACCCAAAACCUCUUCAGCUGUAGUUUCACAUGGUACUAUUUCAUUAUUUUAGUAUUUAGUUCUAAAUUUUGAGUCUGUGGAUAAAAUCCUAUGGUGCGACUCUUCAAAUAAAACCUCCUUAGGUACUUUCACUGUAUACUAUUUAUCUAAUGUAUUGCUAAAUGUGGACUUCGUGCAUGAAAUCCUAAGGUGAGAGCAUUCAAAUAAAACGUCAUCGAGUCUUUUUUUGUGUUAUAAUUUAGAAAUGCAACUUGAAAUUGUGUUUUGGUUCUCUUAACCGCACUAAAGAUGUUAGAUGGCAUUCAAAAGACUCUUCUUGUACAUAGAAAAGGAUCGACCAGGGCAUUCCCUCCUCAUCAUCCUCUUAUUCCUGUAGAUUAUCAGGUUAGUAUUGUUUUGUAGUUUUUGUCAGUAUGUAAGCAUGGGAAAUUCUGUACAUCACGAUUUAAUUACUUCGUUGAGGCCCGUAGUACGAACUUGAUUUUCUUUUUUUGGGGUUGGGGGGGGGGUAAAUUUAUACAUUUUUUCCCUGUCCAACUGUAACUGUCAACUCCACUGAAUUAGUUUUUUUUUUUGUAGCUGACUGGCCAGCCAGUUCUUAUUGGAGGCACCAUGGGUACUUGUAGGUAAGCCCUUUCUUCACCCCACCCUUCAAAGUGCCUUUGUUUCGUACUUACUCACGCUUCAUUGACUUUUUAUUUUCAUUUUUUUUAUUCCAUUUUGCUCGCAUUUUUCCGAGCAUGUUAGUGAAGCAAAAGCAUGAAGCAUUAUUCGAGCAUUUUAGUGGAUCUUUUUCAGAAAACUAUAUUUUUUUUGCGAGGAAAUGAAAAUGAAAAAAUAAUUUAAAGAGAAAAUGAACAAUUUAUGUCGAAAUUCAAAACCGAGAAAACUCAAAUGUCACCCUAAUACAGCUGUUAGAGUGUUUUCUUUUGCUCUAUGAAAACCAUGAACUUGUAUACGUUGUUGUUUUACCACCUAAUGUUGUUUUAGCAUUAAAAGCGUCUGUAUGACGAGCGUUAUCGAGCAUUUUAGUGACUUUUUUGAUGGCGACCGAUUAUUUUAGUGGAAAAAAUGGAGCAUUAAGGUGGAACCUUUUUAUGGGCAAGCAAAAGCAUAAUAAUACAAAAGCCAACUUUUUUUUGUUUUUUUACUUUUUUACACAGUUAUGUUCUAACAGGAACAGAGAAAGGAAUGAGACAAACCUUUGGUACAACAUGUCAUGGGGCUGUAAGUGAUGUGUAUGAUUAGAUAAACAGAUAAUUCCCAAAUUUCUUUGUUUUGUAAUGACCCUUAGUGCUUAAACUGUAAUAAGCAAUUAGCAAUUGCCAUUUUGCGGGCCAGUCUAUUGUAAUCAAUAUUUUUAGUAAAUAAAGUUGAAGUUGAAGUUGCUCUUCAGCAUCUCUGUAAUGCUCUUUGGUGCUUAAACUGUUUCCAAGUUGAAACAGUUUCAGUGACAAACAUGAGCUUCAAAACAAAUUAUUUGUCCACUCCUAAGUUGAUUCUUGAGGCAGAUUUACAUAUUUCGAAAUGAUUCUUAAUGACCCUUAAUUGACUCAAAAAGCUCAGAAAUUUUUUUUUUUAAGUUUGAGGGAAGCAUGAAUUUUUUAAAAAAUACUUUUAUACAAUUUAAUUACUUUACUUCAGCUUUGAAAAGUUACUUGUUUUUUAAAAAACUUAUCGUUAUGUUCUGUUGUGUUUUUAUAGGGCAGAGCUUUAUCUAGAUCCAAGUCUCGGUAAGCUUUGGUUGGUCCCUAAAAGUGGCUAACUGUUAAUUUCUCCUUAUAAUAGCACCGUCAAUCGAUAAAGGUCGUAAGGAAAAAGCAAAUUAUCAACAAUUAAAAAAGGUCUUGAUUGUGAGGCAAAUCCUCGUCAUCAGUAAUAUAACUCCGCCCGCCUCCUCUAGCUUUUGCUAUUUGCGGGCGGAGAUGCAUGGUAAAUUGAUGUGUAUGAAAAUAAAGUAUAGUAUAGGGAAUAUGUGGGAAACAGUAAGGAGAAUAUACAUGCUGAUAUAUAGGUUUAAAGGGUUAAGGGUCUAGUUGAUUUUGUCAUCUAUCAGUUAGUACUUUACCAAACCACUUUCGAAUAAUGGUGUUGAAAUGAAACAAAACACGGAAUAGAGUGUUUUCACAUGACGUCACGGCAGCCAUAUUGGUGCCCCAAAACAAUGAAACGGCCGCCAUAUUGGUGUCCCAAACCAAUCCUCUGGGAGUUGAACUCUUUUCUUAUGCAAACACUUUCUUUUGUUCCAAUAAAUUUGCAUAAAUGCUGGCCACGUGAGUGAAAACACUCUAUAGCCUUCAAGCAUCUCCUAUUCUGCACUUUAAAACAAGAAAAGAACUGGAGCCGCAAUGGUUUCUGGGAUCAUAACUGGGGACGCGCCGGUCAGCUAUGGGUCAAUUUUUUCGUUGUCCCUAGUAACAGUCCCAGAAGUCUUUGCGAAAGUUAACUCGCCCCAGUUUCCUUCUUUUUUCUAAAAUGGGGAAUUUGGAGACGUCUGCGCACAGGCCAAACACAGUAGAAAUACAGGAAAGCAUUAAGAGAGAGUAUUUAUGAGGAAAAUUUGAGGAGAUUAAAAUGGAUAGCGUGAAAGUAAACUGAAACAAGGUCUGCCUGUUUUUUGUUUGAAGGUAUGACUUAAAGAACUCGUCAUUAAUGAUAAAUGAAAUCUCAUCUAAAAUCUCCAUGAUUAUGAGAAAAUGCCUUCUGUCGAUCAAAUCACCCUUUUCGAGAAAGGCCACUUCCUCUUGCAUUUAUUGAUUUUGGAUCGUCACGAACUACUUUUGUAUGCUUUGUUUUUUUUUUUUUUCAGACGACAGCUUGAUUAUCAAGAUGUGUUGGAUAAUCUUAAGUCAAAGGGGAUAUCUAUCAGAGUUGCCUCGCCAAAGCUUGUCAUGGAAGAGGUACGCUUUUCACAUAUUUGGGGUUUUCAGGGCCAAUAUCCUUUUGCAUUAUUUUGCAAGGUAUUUUCGCUGAUCGUUGCGGAUCACUUUUGCUUUGUGUUGGCGAAUCUUUACGGAUUCUUGCUCCCUCUCCUCCCUCCCUUCUGUCAUGUGUGGGUGUGCAGGUAAGUACAUUUCACUUGGUAAGUAUCUUUUCCACUGAGUAUUUUUCUCAGUGUGAUGGUGCAAGUUAGCAGCUGCAGGCAGGGGUGGUUCCCGCUUCCAGGGUUGCCUUGGUUACCUCCUUGCCUUAUUUUUCGCAUCUGGCCUCCCCCGCUAACCUUUUAGGCACCAGUUCCGAACCUCAUCAACUGGCGAUGAGUUUAACGCUAUCUUUACUGUCCAUGUUAACGUUAUUCAACCUCUUUCAGGCGCCUGAAUCUUACAAAAACGUAACAGAUGUAGUCAAUACCUGUAAGUAUCUCUACUUAUUUACUGGCCAACGUUGUUUCUUUCCGAGAAAUAUCAUAAGUGUCAUAAGGUUUAUUCAGUUUCUCUAAUGAUUUGAGGAAAAAUAGCUUUUAAAAUUACGGUUUAUUUAACAAAUUCAGUUUAAUCAUUUCGUACAAUAUCUUAAUAUUAUUUCUGUUCAGUCGAUAUAUCAGUUUUUGCAGUGUAAUAAUCUUGUAAUUAUAUUUACAUGUUACUGAGUUAGAUUUUACGAGUUAAAAGCGUAAGUAGAAUAAAUAGAUUUUUGUCUGUGACAUUGCGUACAAGUUUGAUACAUUACUAUAUUUACAGUACUAUACAAUACUACUUAUUUUCAGGUCACGAUGCAGGAAUCAGUCAAAAGGCGAUCAAACUCAGGCCAAUCGCCGUGAUCAAAGGAUAA